GGUUGGUUGUCUCUAUGUACUAUGUCUCUACAUAUGUCCCCGGCGACAGACUGGUGACCUGUCCAGUAUGUACCCUGUCUUCACCCUAAGUCGGCUGGGAUACACCCCAGCUCCCCAGUGACUCUACGGGAUAAAGCGAUGUAUAGAUAAAGGAUGGAUGGAUGAUUAACUGCUUGGGCAGUUGCUCAUUACAUGACACAGACACAAAACCUGUAUGGGAAUGUCGUCGGCCUGGGUAACGUGUGGAGGUUUCCUUACCUCUGCUACAAAAAUGGAGGGGGUGCAUUCUUGGUGCCAUAUCUGGUAUUUGUGGUGACCUGUGGCAUACCCCUGUUCCUGCUGGAGACAACCAUGGGCCAGUACACUCAGGAGGGCGGCAUCACCUGUUGGAGGAAGUUAUGUCCACUGGCAGAAGGUAUUGGCUAUGCAGGGCAGCUGAUCAUCCUCUACAGUUGUAUGACUUACCUUAUUAUUCUGUCCUGGGCGUUGCUCUACCUCGUGUUCUCCUUCAGCUCCCAGCUCCCCUGGGCCACUUGCAACAACUACUGGAACACAGAUGACUGUGUAGACUAUUCAACAAAAAAUGCCAGUGUGCCAUGGAACAAUCAGACCAACUCAACAUCUGCAGCCACAGAAUUCUGGGAACGACGUGUGCUGGCUAUCUCAGGAGGCAUUGAGGAGAUCGGCAGCAUCAGGUGGGAGGUGCUGUUGUGUGUAAUUGCUAUGUGGAUCAUCUGCUACUUUUGUAUCUGGAAAGGUGUCAAGUCUACAGGAAAGGUGGUGUAUUUCACUGCUACCUUCCCCUAUGUGAUGCUGCUAAUUCUUCUGAUUCGUGGACUCUCUCUUCCUGGUGCACUGCAAGGAGUGAAGUUUUAUCUUCUGCCUGAAGCCUCACGACUCACGGAUCCUCAGGUGUGGAUGGAGGCUGGGUCUCAGAUCUUCUUCUCCUACAGUAUCGGUGUGGGGAUCUUAACUGUGCUGGGAAGCUACAACAAACUCAAAAACAAUUGUUACAAGGACUGUCUGUGGCUGUGUCUGCUGAACAGUGGUACCAGUGUUGUAGCUGGCUUUGCAGUCUUCUCGGUGCUUGGAUUCAUGGCUCAUGAGCAGGGCGUUCCCAUUGCAGAGGUGGCAGAGUCAGGUCCAGGCUUGGCGUUCAUUGCUUAUCCUCAGGCUGUAGCCAUGAUGCCUCUGCCUCAACUGUGGUCCAUCUGUUUCUUUGUCAUGCUCAUUCUCUUGGGUUUGGACACACAAUUUGUCGCCAUGGAGGUGGUGAUGACGUCUGUCACUGAUAUGUUUCCUAAAGUUAUGCGCAGGGCAGGCCGACGGGAGAAGUUCCUCGCCCUCUUCUGCUUAAUAUGCUUUUCCUUUCAGCUUGUCAUGCUCACUGAAGGAGGGAUGUAUGUGUUCCAGAUGAUGGACUACUAUGCUUGUAAUGGAGCCUGCAUCCUCUUUAUCUCUGUGUUUGAAACGCUGGCACUGGGAUGGAUAUUUGGGGCAGAUCGGUUGUAUGACAUCAUUAAGGACAUGACAGGGAUGAACGCCAACCCAUUUUUCAAAAUCUGCUGGCUCUACCUCACACCACUGGUCUCACUGGGCUCUUUCAUAUAUUCUUUAAUUGAGUACCAGCCUCUGACCUUUAAUCGCUGGUACGUGUACCCAGACUGGGCAUAUGUGUUGGGCUGGCUACUGGCCCUCUCCUCAAUCCUGCUUGUGCCUGGAUGUGCACUGUAUAAGUUGAUCACUGGGACUGGGACCCUCAAACAGCGUUGUCAUCACCUGUGCCAGCCUGAACCUGAUAACUUACCCACCCAAAUGCAGGAAAGGAAUGACAGUUUACUACUAGGCAAUGGAUAAUAAACUUGUAAGGAAAAAAUAUCACUGCAUGUGGCCAUGGUGAUCCAAGCAGCUUUGACUUUCCCAUGUUCCCUGAAGAUAGAGAAUCACUGGACUACUGACUGUAUAACUGUGUUUGUAAUCUUUUCUUUCAUUCUGUUUUUUUGUUUUUACAGAGAAAGAAAAUUAGAAAUACUGUUCCACUUUGUAGAUCAGUUUGUUAAAUAUAAUCCAAACUCUAUGCUAUUCACAAAUUCCAAAAUUACUUGUCCAAAAAUUUUAUACUUUAAUUCAAAGAAAUACAUUGUUUAGUGUGAAUCAGAUGGGUUUCAGACAACUACUAGGUCAAGAGUUUAAGCAUUUAUGGAAGAAAUUACAUUUUACCAAACAAUAUUGUAAAUAAAAUGUUCAAAUGUUUUUGUAUUUUGUUAAUCAUAAAAGCAUGAACUACUCUAA